AUGACCAUGACAAGUACAGCCCUUUUGCCAAAGUUGAAUCAUCAUAGUCAUCACAGUUUCCUGAUGUCUUCCCCUCCUACUGCCACUACACCACCUUCCCCUGGUAUUAUUAGUCGUUUCUUUCCCCAGGGUGACUGUCAUCAAGAACCUCAAAUGCUGGACUUGGGCAUGGAGAUGAUGACUCCACCACCUCAAAGAAAGUCUACUGGGGAAUUAAUGAAAGAGAUUGCAACACUUGAGGUUCAAAUACUGCACUUAGAGAGCUAUCUUCUAUCCCUUUAUCGGACAGCUUUCCAGCAUCAAAUUGUUCCCCUUCCAAAGGAUAAUCGAGAUGAUGGAACUAUCCCUCAAUUUGUAGAGCAUGAGAAUGAAUCAAGCCAGUUGCAAAAACAUAUUACUGAUUCUUGCUCACCAGAUUGCGAGACAAGGAAUUCUACUACGUCUCCUGGUCGUUGUUCGCUUGGCAAUAAUGGAGUCUCUCGGUCCCCUUGCUCUGACGCAUCGAUAUGUUCAUAUGAUGAUGAGGCAAAAGCUCCUGCUCAGAACCUGUCAUCUGCAGGGACAAUAGCUGAUGAUGAAGCACAAGCUGAUGAUGUUGGUGGACGUGGUGCUCGUACCUUAGCAGAUCAUUUUGGAAGUUCUAAAAGAAUGGAAUAUUCCCUUGAUCAUCAUAAUCCUGGAAAGUUGUCCGAAGAGAUGGUGAGAUGCAUGUGUUGCAUCUACUGUAAAUUUGCUAAUACUACCAUUACACCUGCAGCACAGACGGUACCUAAGAAGGGAUUCUCAAUUUCCUCUGCUUCAUCGUCGGCAUCCUCUUCUUCCCCAUCUAGCACGACAACAUUUUCUCCUAGGAAUAAUGCCUCUAAUGGCGGCAGCUGGAGUAGUCCUCAAUCUAGCAGUGAGGACAUUAAAGAAGGAUAUUUUGAAGAUACUACUUCAUAUGGCGCGACAAUUGAAGUUCUAAAGAUAUGUCUUGAUGAUGACAGUUUCAAAUAUGCUGCAACUAUGCUGCAGAGAUUCAGAUUGCUCGUUGAGAUUCUUGAAAGUGUUGAUCCGAGGAAGAUGAAACGCGAAGAAAAGCUUGCAUUUUGGCUAAAUAUUCACAAUGCCUUGGUGAUGCAUGGAUAUUUAGCAUACGGAACUAACUUGGCGAGGAGUUCUUCCAUUUUAAAGGCAGCUUAUAAGGUGGGUGGACAUUCCAUAAAUGCUCAUGUUAUACAAAGUUCAAUCUUGGGAAUCCGAUCACACUUCUCAGAACCUUGGCUACAGACACUAAUGAGCCCAAAGAAGAAGAAGACUGCAAAACACAUUUACGCCCUGGAGUACCCGGAACCACUUGUCCAUUUUGCACUUUGCUCAGGAUCAUGCUCUGAUCCGUUGGUCAGGAUAUACAGCGCGAGCAACGUGUUCCAAGAUCUAAAAGUUGCUAGAGACGAGUUCAUUCGGGCAACAGUUAGCGUUCAUAAAGAAACAAAGUUGUAUUUGCCGAAAGUUUUGUCACAUUUUGCGAAAGAGAUGUUGAUGAGCAUGGCCGAGCUUAUGGAGACGGUCUAUGCCUGUCUUCCAGAAGAGACGCAGGAGAAGAAGAAAGCCAUGAAAGGUGGUGGUAGAGAGGAGAAGUUGUAUGUGUCAUGGAUACCUCAAAGCUCAACUUUUAGGUUUUUAAUACACAAAGAACUUGUUGCCCGAAAUGAAUCUAAGAAUUCUACUCACCGGAGAUUUCAUCCCGCAAAAGAAGACGGCGACGAAGCUCGCCGAAGCGAGUUGGAGGAGUCUCUAAACUCCAAUCCUGAUGACCCGUCUCUUCACUUUCAACUUGGUUUGUUAUUGUGGGAGAAAGGUGUGGAGGAAUCGAAAAGCAAAGCGGCUGAACAUUUUGUUAUUUCCGCUAAAUUGAACCCACAGAAUGGAAAUGCUUUCCGGUACCUAGGUGAUUAUUAUGCCCAAAUUUCCAGGGAUUCUCAGAGGGCUCUCAAGUGCUACCAGCGUGCUGUAAUUCUCGAUCCCGAUGACUCGCUUGCCGGCGAUUACUUUUGUGACCUGUUGGAUCAAGAAGGAAAGAUCACCCUACAGUUUUCUGUUUGCUCCGAAGCUGCUGAAAAGUCCCCCAGGGCAUUUUGGGCGUCUCGCAGACUGGGAUAUCUUCUGGUCCAUCAGAAGAAAUGGUCUGAAGCUGUGCCAAGGCUUCAGCAUGCCAUCCGGGGCAACCCCACCUGUACCGAUCUCUGGGAGGUGUUAGGACUUUCCUAUCAGCGACUAGGCAUGUUUACUGCUGCACUCAAGUCAUAUGGAAGGGCCAUUGAGUUAGAGGAAUCAAGAAUAUUUGCUUUGAUUGAAAGUGGAAACGUUUCUUUGAUGCUCGGUUGGUUUAGAAAGGCAGUUGAGCAUUUCAAGCAGGCUUUGGGGAUCUCACCUCAAAAUGUCGCGGCAAAUUAUGGGCUUUCUUCAGCUAUAUAUGGUUUGGCAAAGGAGUGUAUAGAUUCAGGUGCAUAUAAAUGGGGUGCUUCACUUUUGGAGGAGGCUUCUGAAGUAGUAGCACGAAUAAUGUCAUUAGCUGGUAAUGUUUCUGCGAUCUGGAAGCUGCAUGGUGAUAUUCAGCUAUUGCAUGCGAAAUGUUUUUCUUGGGAGGAAGAUUCCCUGAGCUUAGAUUCUGAGAAUAAAGAUUUUGAUAAUUCACUUGCUGCAUGGAAAAGGACGUGUUAUGUAUCUGCUGUGUCUGCAUCUCGUUCCUAUCAGCGAGCCCUUCAUUUAGUUCCGUGGCAGGCUAAGCAAUAUGCAGAUGUUGCUGUUGCAUCAAAUUUAGUUCUCCAUUCAAAAAAUAAUUCCGGAAAGGACUUCAACUCUUGGUCAAUAUCUGAGAAAAUGUGCUUAGGGGCCUUAUUGCUCGAAGGUGACAACUAUGAUUUCUGGGUUACUUUGGGAUGUUUAUCACAUCAUACGGCCUUGAGACAACAUGCUCUCAUCCGUGGACUUCAAUUGGAUGUUUCUCUUGCUGUUGCAUGGGCGUACCUCGGAAAGCUCUACAGGAAAGAGGGUAGAAGGCAACUGGCUCAGCAAGCAUUUGAUCGUGCUAGAAGCAUAGAUCCUUCACUUGCACUACCUUGGGCUGGCAUGGCGGCUGAUGCUGAUGUCAGGAAUCUGAAACCAGAUGAGGCAUAUGAGUGCUGUCUACGUGCGGUGCAGAUAAUGCCGAUUGCUGAGUUUCAAAUUGGUCUUGCAAAUCUUGCUCUGUAUUCUGGUCACCUACCAUCUUCAGAGAUUCUUGGAGCCAUGCAACUGGCCUUGCUGCGUGGACCCCAUUAUCCCGAAUCUCAUAAUUUGCACGGUUUAGUAUGUGAAGCUCGGUCUGAUUUUAAGGGUGCCGUUAACUCAUUUAGGUUAGCCCAGCAUGCAGUGAACUCCGUUUGUGGAGAAGUACCAAAAGUGUAUCUGAAACAUAUUUCGAUUAACCUGGCAAGGACACUUUGUAAGGCCGGGAAUCUGGAUGAAGCUGUUCAGGAAUGUGAACGACUGAAGACAGAAGGUCUUCUUGAUCUCAAAGGUCAGCAGAUAUAUGCCUUGUCUUUAUGGAAACUUGGAAAGAACGAUUUAGCUUUAUCAGCUAUUAGAACUCUUGCUGGGAGCAUCUUAUCAGUGGAACCUAAGGAGGCUGCCGCUGCUUCUAUAGUUUUUAUCACCCGAUUGACAUAUCACAUCUCCGGACAGCAAUCAGCAAUAAUGAACAUUCUGAAAAUGCCUAAGGAUCUGUUUCAGAGCUCAAAAGUUUGUUUUGUAAUAUCUGCUAUUCAUGUUCUGGAUCAAAGUAAUCAACUUGAGUCACUUGUUUCUCAUAGUCGCCGCUCUCUGGUGUCAAAUGAAGAGAUUACUUCAAUGCACUCUCUUAUUGCACUUGGUAAAAUAGUGAAACCUGCUUUUAAAGCCAGCCCUGGAAUUGAAAAUGGAAUUCAUCACCUGAGAAAAGCUCUUCACAUGUAUCCUAACAGUAGUUUGUUAAGAAAUUUUCUCGGUUAUCUGUUACUCUCCUGCAAGGAAUGGAAUGAUGUUCAUCUUGCAAGUAGAUGUUGUGUAAUCGAUCAUCCCUGCGAUCAUCCAAAGCUUAAUAUCCUGGAAAAAUCAGCCAUUGAGAUAUUAGGUGCUGGAACUGUUGCUUGUUACACUAUCAGAGAAACCAAUGACAAACUAUUAUUCUCAAACUGUGGAGGAGAUUAUCUUUCUGGAACUUGGACUAUCCGGCACCUGCAAAAGUGCCUCCAUCAACAACCUUGGAACUAUCAAGCAAGAUACUUGCUUAUACUUAAUUAUCUGCAGAGGGCACGCAUCGAGAGAUUUCCUCGUCAACUUUGCUCUAUACUCGCAAGACUGAUUGCCCCCAUUCUCUCUGAGAAUCUCAGCAUAAGGGAAGAGUACUAUGAUGAAUAUCAAAGAUUUCAGCUUCUACUUUGUUCUGCAGAAGUUUGUCUACAGCUUGGAGAUAAUUUGGGAUGUGUAAAGCAUGCUGCAUGUGCUUCCAAAUUUUCACUUUCGGAUAACCAUCUUGCUCAUGCUCACUUGUUGCUCUGCCGUGCCUAUGCUGCUGAAGACGAUUAUGCCAAUUUAAGCAAAGAGUAUAGAAGAUGUUUGGAUCUCAAAUUUGACUGCCACGUCGGUUGGCUAUCUCUUAAAAUAAUUGAUUCUCUCUACAAGAUACAGACCGACGAUACUAUUUUAGCAGUUGGGUUCGAGGAGUGUUCUAGAGAUGUCAAGAAUACAUGGCGCAUGUGGUUGGCUGUAUUUCAUUUGGUGCAGGGUCUUGUUGCGAUUAAAAGAAAUGAUUUUCUCAGUGCAGAAGAAUUUCUUGCGCAAGCUUGUUCAUUUGUGGAUAAUGAAAGUUGCCUCUUUCUGUGCCAUGGUGUAGUUUGUAUGGAGCUUGCCAGACAGCUAAGUGAUGCCAAGUUCUUGUCGUCUGCUGUCAAAAGUCUCAAGAAAGCCAAAGAAAGCUCUUCUCCUUUACCUAUGGUCUCUCUACUCCUUGCCCAGGCUGAAGGAAGCCUUGGCUCUAAAGUAAAAUGGGAAAAAAAUCUUUCCGACGAAUGGUUUUCUUGGCCUCAAGAGAUGAUGAAACCUGCGGAACUUUAUUUUCAAAUGUAUUUGGUAUCAAGUUCCAACUCUUCAUAUGCUCUACCGUCAUCUUCCCAAAGUUAUCUCAAAUGGAUUCUUCAAGCAAUCCAUUUGAACCCUUCUGCUUUGAGAUAUUGGAAGGUUCUUCAGAAUGUUACUCGGUAG